CUUGUUAGGUGUUUGGGAAAGUUAAUCAAUGAAGACAUCCAUACUUGGAAUUCUCUGUGUCGACGAGAAGUAAACAUCAGAACAUAUGGUAAUUCCAUACCAAUCAGUGAAUCAAGCAGAAAAUUGUGGAAUCAACAAGACGUCACUUUAACAUUUCCCAAACCACCCCAGCCAGGUAGUAAAAAGAGAUUAAGACCUACAGAAAUACAAAUCACAGUUCCUAGACAUGACAAAAGAAAUUUACAUGAAGCUCAGAAGCCAGCUCAUAUAUGGAUAAGGCAUUCUUUAAGAAAAAAAAUUCAAAGGCCGUCUAUUAAUUUAACCAUCAGGAGACAGGCUUCAUUCAAACAUCCUUACACUCCUAUAACCCAUUCUAAACAGGCAGUAUCUAAAAAGUCCAAAGAUGACAAAAAAGGAACAACUCUGAAGCAAAUUUCCAAGAAAGAUACAGGCCCCCAUGAAACAACCCUAGAAUCCAAGAAAACAGUAAAUGAUGAGAAACUUAAAAGAAGAAAUAAAGCAGAUAAAACUCCAUCAAAAUCAUCACAUGAAAGUCAACUAUCUAAGAAGUCAAAGUCCAAAUCAGAAACAAACCCAGAAUCCAAAGAUUCUAAGUCAGUCUCAAUAAAGGAUCAAAAAAAAGAUAAGAGAGAUUCAAAGUAUUUCAAGGAGAUUGAUUUUGAAUCCAUCUGUACAAAAAAGUAUUCUAAGAGCUCAAAGAACAGUUGUGAUGCCAAAUCAGAGACUUGCUUAAAACAUAGUUCAUAUAUGGAUUUAAUGAUGUAUUUAGAGGAGUCGGGUGCUGAAUCCAUGGAUUUUGAUAUGUGGUUAAAGAAUUACUCACAGAAUAAUUCAAAGAAGCCUCCAAAGAAGGAUGCAAAAAAGGAUGCCAAGGGGAAGAGCUCUGAUGCUGAAUCUGUAGAUUCAAAAGAUGCAAAGAAAGAUAAGAAAAGUGCAAUGAAAGACAGCAAAAAGGAUGCAAAGAAGGAUGCAGAGUCUACUAAUGCAGAAUCUGGAGAUUCAAAGGAUGCAAAGAAAGAUUCAAAGAAGGGUAAGAAAGAGUCAAAGAAAGAUGACAAGAAAAAUGAUGCCAAGAAAGACGCCACAUCUGAUGCAGAAUCUGGAGACUCAAAGGAUGCAAAGAAAGAUUCAAGGAAGGGUAAGAAAUAUUCAGAGAAAGAGGACAAGAAAAAAGAUGCCAAGAAGGAUGCAGAGUCUACUGAUGCAGAAUCUGUGGAGUCAAAGGAUGCAAAGAAAGAUUCAAAGAAAGAUGACAAGAAAAAGAUUGGCAAGAAGGAUGCCAUGUCUACUGAUGCUGAUUCUGAAUCUGAAGGGGAUGCAAAAAAGGGCAGAAAAGAUUCAAAGAAAGGUAAGAGAGGUUCAAAGAAAGAUGACAAAAAGAAGUCUGCAGUGAAGUCUGAAGAGUCUACUGAAACUGAGUCUGAUUGGGAGUCAAAGAAGAACAAGAAGGAUCCAAAGAAGGUUAAGCAAGAUUCAAAAAAAGAUGCCAAGAAGGAUGCAAAGAAGGACAUAGAGUCUAGUGAUGCUGAAUCUGAUGUGUCUUCCAAGAAAGACCUAAAGAAGCCCGAAACUUUCAAAAGAUCAGAUGCUGAAUCUGAUGAGUCACUAUAUAAACUUGGGCCUAAAAAGAGAGUUGAUGAAUCAGAUGCCACAUCUACAGAUUCAAAGAAGGAAGCACUGGAACCAAAGAGAGAAUUCAAAAUGCCAUCCAGAAGGGCUACAUUCAAAGAAAAAGGGAAAAAAUUAGGUACAGGUAGAGUUCCUCCAUCAAGAGAAAGACCACCACUCCCUCCUUGUGAGCCAUUACUGCCAUCACCUAGGGUCAAACGUCUCUGUCGAUGCCAGAGGCCUCCUCCACUUCCAAAGCCAAGAUAUGCUCUUUUGUUCAAAAAGCAGCACCUGGCCUACAUUUGA